UUUCAGAUCCUGUGUUGGCCGCCCGAGCAUAAGGUGCCCACCUCUACGAACGCGUUGGUCGAGCUCAUGAAUAUGGUUGAGCGCUGGAGACAGCGAAGCAAUUAUGGACCAGUAGUUGUCGUCUCAUACAAUGGUAAGGCCCGGGCGGGUGUGUAUUGCGCGGCCAACGUGGCCAUGGAGCAAGUGGUGCAGCACCGGGAGGUCGAUAUUUUCAACGCCGUUCGCACUGUUAGGCGGCACCGACCACAGCUCGUCGAGAGUGUAAUAUAA